AUGUCGGUGCUUCGCCGCCUUGGCGUCCUGCGCCAGCCGGUGAGUGAGAGCGCGUGGGCAGAGCCCCCAGGAUUCGGGUAUUCACUCGCGUGGAGGUGGGAGACUGAGGCUACGAGCGAGUGUGUAGAACCUGGCUCGAGCUCACGGCCCCUGAAUUCUGGGGAGCUGGCCGCGGCGAUUGGCAGAAUAUGGAAGAAGCAGGCGGCCCCAGGCAGUCGGUGUGCGCUUUCUGGCUUCGAGGCCACGUUCCGCCCACAGGCCGUGUACCUGUUUUGGAAAGAGUUGCGCCUUUACAAGACUCAUCAGGAAGAGGCAUCUAAACCUAUUGGCCGUUACCCCAUUCCCUACAAGAAGGACCUGCCUUUUGACAUUGUAGAGCUUAUGGAGGAGACGGAAAAGAAGACAGGAUUUUUACCAAAUGUAUUUAAAGUGUUGUCUUACCGGCCACUGGAAUUCAGAGCCUUCUUCGCUUAUUACAAUGCCAUCUACAACAAAAAAACAGGCCACCUCAGCAGAGCUGACAAGGAGCUUAUCAUUUUGGUGACCAGCAUAGCCAAUAGGUGUCCAUACAAUGUAGUUGCCCACAGUGCCCUGCACAGGGUCUACUCAAAGAAUCCAGUGCUCUCUGACCAGGUCUGUGUGGAUUGGAGAAAGUCUGACCUCCCUGCUCGGGAAAAGGCAAUGCUGGAGUUUGCGCUUGCUAUUUCCCAAGCUGACGACAUAACAGAUGACCAUUUCAAAAAGCUCGAGGUGCAUGGCUUUGACCGAGAGGAUGCCUGGGACAUAGCUGCCAUUUCUGCUUUUUUUGCCAUGUCUAACCGCCUUGCUCAUUUUGUCAAUCUUGUUCCCAACAAAGAAUUCUAUUUGAUAGGCAGAACCAGUAAUGUCAAAGACUCCAGGAGUGAACCUGCUGCCCCCAAAGUAUAAAAGUCUGAAAGGAAAGGCCAGUGUUUAUCAUUUUAGUUGUGCUGCAUUAAAAGGCAUCAGUUUGGAAGUAAUUUUUUUUUUUAAGCAUCAAGUCAACGGGUAGGGAAAAAAGUAAAUUUACUCCCUGCUUGCAUGGUGAAAUACAUCCUAUGACUUAGGGGUGUUCGGGGACGUGUGAUAACCUGGGCCUACAGGGUACAUUUCAGGAAACCCUGGCCAGUUGUUUACUUUUAUUGUGAUCUAAAUGAAGCAUCGGGACAAGGGGUUCAGAGGAUGCUUUAGGCAUUUCUGAAUGAAUUAAUAUCUAACUGAAUUUUAGCAAUUGAAACCAGUUAUUUUUUAGCUUUCAAAAAUGGUAUUAUAUAGAAACUGGUCUAUAUAGACAAUUUGAAAUCAAUUCCUUGUUAAGGUGGUUGUAUUUAAAGGCUCUCAAAGGCAGUGGAUAAAUAGGAACAGGCACACACUCAGUUUAAGUUGUUCUGUCAUCUUUAGUACCUCAUCAGUUAAUACCCAUUUUUUUCCUACUGAUGUAAAACCAUGUCAUUUUAAUAGAAUUUCAGUCAUAUAAUUUAUUCUUACUUCAGAUUUUGGUAAAAAUUGUUUGGAAUAAGUGAGCACUCACAUUUAAGUAGGAGCAUAAGAACAAAAAUACCAGCAUUACCGAAUGGCUGUGUGUUACAGCCACCACUGCCUUAUCUUUGUGGCUACCUUAAUGUUUCAAGAAGCAUUCUCGCUGUCUAAUUGAUAGAGUCCCAUGCAAGCCUACAAAAUGUUUUUGUUCCCCAUUUCUUUAGAUUCCCUAAAUUGUCAGUGAACAGUUGUUAAUCAACUUUGGGGCUACAUUAUUUUAGUUUUGAAUUGUUUGAAUUGUGAAAACCAAUUUCUCAUGAGUUAGCAUAAGCUAAUUGCAGAGCUUGUAUUUUUCUGUUAGAACUGCACCUCAAAUAUCUUGGAAUAUGUAACCUUUUAAAAUUGAGUUUAAUUGAUUUUACCUAUUUUAAAAGUUAACAUUGCUGAAUGUGUCAUGGUCAAAGUUUUGCAGAUCAUAGGAUUUUGGCCUUUGGCCAUUGGCCAUAAAUGGGGGAGGGGGCAAGCAGAGGGCAUCUACUUAAGUAUUUGGUGCCGCCAGAAGUCAUGGGUCAUUAAGGGACAUUUGAUCUUAAAACAUAUCUGUACCCCUUCUACUCUGGGGGGCUACAUGGGUGGUCUGUAUCUCUCCAGCGAGAUAGAGAAAAGGCUCGUAAGAAAUGGCUGCCUUAAUCAUCUAGCUUAGGCCUCCUGCUUCUUCCCCUUUUCCCAGUCAGUUUCAGGGACAGGAUUGCUGAAUAACUGUUAA